AUGGCUGAGUCGUCUCGUGGAGACAGUAUUCGUGUAGCAAAAACAUCUCGUUUACGUAAAUGUACAAAAUAUGUUAAACGACGUUUACCAUCAUCGAUUGCUUGGCUCAUCUUACUUGGUCUGUCUGCAGUUUAUUUCAUCUUUGUCUGUCCGUAUGUGACACGACACGUUUCACUUGUCAUACCCAUUCUUCAGUCGAUUGUUCUUCUCUUCGCCAUUAUGAACUUUUUACUUGCCACAUUUAUGGAUCCUGGCAGAUAUGAGAAAGCAACACAUGAUGAAAAUGAUCAAGAUGAAACCACAUUUUAUAAAACAGUCGAAAUUUGCGGCACAAAUGGUCGAAUGAAAUGGUGUCAAACAUGUCAAUUUUACCGUCCACCGAGAUGUUCACACUGUUCGGUUUGUGAUUAUUGCAUUGAUCAAUUUGAUCAUCAUUGUCCAUGGCUAAAUAAUUGCGUUGGACGUCGUAAUUAUCGUUAUUUUUUUCAAUUUUUAUGUUAUUGUAUGUUGCAUAUGUUCAAUGUGUUCAGUUUUACACUUUAUUUUUUUAUUAUACACGGUCGAUUUCAUUUGACAUCGAUAUCAACUAUCUUCUCGCUUAUCCUUCUUAUAUUUAUUAUGUUAUUUACUAUACCUAUUUCUGGUCUCACUGGUUUUCAUAUUGUUCUUAUUUGUCGUGGACGAACAACGAACGAACAAGUGACGGGAAAAUUUAAAAAUCAUACAAAUCCAUUCGAUGAAAGUUGUUGUACAAAUUGGUUAAAAACACUUAUCAGUUCAAAUAUACCAAAGCGUGCUGUUAGAAGAAAAUCACUUACUCCCUCAGUAGCUCCACAGGUAAAAAAAUCUCGUACGAUCGUCUAUGAACACUCAAAUCUUAACAAAAAGCCUCAGCCACAAACAUUAUACGUGCCACCAACGUCGAACAACAAUGGAAACAUGACAAAAACUAAAUCGACUAUAGUGAAUGGUGAUCCACAUUUACUUGGUUUAAAGAUUAGCCAUUUACAACGUCAACCGUCUUCGUCCACUACUCGUCGUAUCAACACUCAUUAUCAUCAUCAUCAGCCGCGUAAACUUCAACGUCACAAUUAUCGUCUCACUCGUCUGACAGACAGUAAUCCCGUAAUUAAUGGUCUUUCAACAAGUGGUAAUUACAAAUCAACACAAAUACCGUCUAGUGCUAUCGAUAUUCCAACAGUCAUGUACUUUCCACCACCAUCAGUAAAAUUAGUUCAAAAACGUGAAGAACAACAAGUAAUACAACGGAAUAGUCAAGAACAGAUACUCUCACCAACUAAUUAUUAUUCAACACAAAAUGUUCAACGUUACAUUGAUUCGAGUGGAACAGUAAGUGGAGGUGAACAAGGACAAACACAACUAGAAUUGAGCUUCCAAGCGUAG